AUGGACUCCUCCCAACAAAACAACCACUCGAAAAGCAACAACGGGCCGCGGAAGAACAAGGGCCGCCAAAAGAUAAUGAUCGCAAGAAUCGAGAACGAGACCAAUCGUCAGGUCACGUUCUCGAAGAGGCGUGCUGGCCUCUUCAAGAAGGCGAGCGAGCUCAGCACCCUCUGCGGAGCUGAGAGUGCUGUCGUCGUAUUCUCUCCGAGCGGUAAGGCCCACUCAUUCGGGAACCCGAGCGUGGACGCUAUCAUCAACAGGUUUCUCAGCCAAGUCGCCCUCGGGAGGCCCGAGAACAAUUGGGCCGACAUUGGCCCGUCUAACAAUCCGAUCAUGCGCCACCGUAUCCAGGAGCUCACCAACCUAGAGGCCCAGGUGGAGCGGGAGAAGAAACAAAAGAAGGAAGAGAAGGAGGCAAUCAAGGCUGGUCGGGCCCAGAUCGGGGGCCCACCAAACCUCGACAGCCUCAAUUACAAGCAGCUAAAGAAGUUGAAGAAAUCGGCGACCAACUUGAAGCGUACUUUCGAAACCAAAAUUAAAAACGCUAUGACUUCGAAUGCGGGGACCGGAGGAGGGAUCUUACAGGGCGAGCCCGGUGUUGGUUUUCCAUCAAAUCCAAAUGUGAGUGGGCCCACUUACGGGGCUCCGCUGGCCCCAGACGGGUCUUUGAGUGAUUACGCAUCGUUAUUCGACAUUGGGGCGAGUAGCAACCCAAAUGUCGAGUUCCACAACAAUGUUCAAGGGUCGGGCAACCAAUUUUUUCCGGACGUGAUGGGUACUAAUAAUGGAUUUGUCAACCCUUUUGACCCAACACUUGGUAGCUAUGGGUUCACAUUCCCGAACCCUGACGAGGCUAGUGGUUCUAGUUUUAUGCUUCCUAGUUACAGGUAUGUAUUUCCCAAUGAUGUGGGCUCACCUGGUUUUAGGCAACUCGACAAGAAGGGGACCCAACGGGAACACAAGGAUAUGGUCAGGACGAGUCCCAAUCACACAACUAUAUAUUUCCUAAUGAUGUGGUCCCAUCUUGUUCUAGAAAUGAGGCGACUGGACAAGGAGUCAAAACAGGAACAGAGGGCGAUGAUCAAGACCAAUCACAAGCGUUCGACAAUUACUUUGGUCGUGGAAAUUGAUUGGUGA